UAUCUCUCUCUCCCUCUCUCUCUCAAUCUCUCUCAUUUUGUUAACAUUCCUCUCGCUAAUUCUCUCUACAUACAUACAUAAUUACUUAUACAUUGUCGACACACAUUCAAGCUCGUAAUCAACAGUGUAGUGGUGAAGCUAGUGCCAAUGGCGCUUUCUCUCAAAUUCAUCUCUUUCGCUUCCUUACUCCUCCUUCUCCUCGUCGGCGCCUUCGCCGCCACUCACCAACGGAGUGGUGAAAAUAAAGAUGUCCUGAGCUCAACCAACUCGACAAUGGCGGAAAGGGUGAAUGAGGUUCAGGGUCUGAAUGAACAUGCAGUUGCUAACCCGGAUGAAAUUGCUGCCAUGGUUGACAUGAGCAUAAACAACAGCACUAAAAGGAGGAAAUUGGGAUAUUUCUCCUGCGGAACUGGGAAUCCCAUUGAUGAUUGCUGGCGGUGUGACCCUAAUUGGCAACGCAAUCGUAAACGCCUUGCUGAUUGUGGCAUUGGUUUUGGCCGAAAUGCCAUUGGAGGCCGUGAUGGUCGUUUUUAUGUGGUCACUGAUUCGGGUGAUGACGACCCUGUUAAUCCUCGGCCUGGCACCCUGCGUCAUGCUGUUAUCCAGGACGAACCUCUCUGGAUUGUUUUCAAGCGUGAUAUGGUGAUAACAUUAAAGCAGGAGCUCAUAAUGAACAGCUUUAAGACCAUUGAUGGUCGUGGGGUCAAUGUCCAUAUAGCUAAUGGAGCGUGCAUCACCAUCCAGUUUGUUACCAAUGUCAUUGUUCAUGGUUUGAAUAUCCAUGACUGCAGACCCACUGGAAAUGCUAUGGUUAGGAGCUCACCGUCCCAUUUUGGCUGGAGGACAAUGGCUGAUGGUGAUGCCAUUUCCAUUUUUGGUUCGAGCCACGUAUGGGUCGAUCACAAUUCACUAUCCAACUGUGCUGAUGGCCUUGUUGAUGCUGUCAUGGGUUCAACUGCUAUUACAGUUUCUAACAAUUUCUUUACCCAUCACAAUGAGGUUAUGCUGUUGGGUCACAGUGAUAGCUACAUGAGAGACAAGCAAAUGCAAGUGACUAUUGCCUUCAACCAUUUUGGAGAGGGUCUUAUCCAGAGAAUGCCGAGGUGCAGGCAUGGGUAUUUCCAUGUGGUCAACAAUGACUACACACACUGGGAGAUGUAUGCGAUUGGUGGAAGUGCAAGUCCCACCAUCAACAGCCAAGGAAACAGAUACCUUGCCCCAGUCAAUCCUUUUGCAAAGGAGGUGACAAAGAGAGUAGAUACUGAUGCUGGUCAGUGGAAAGAUUGGAAUUGGAGGUCAGAGGGUGACUUGUUACUUAAUGGGGCCUAUUUCACCCCAUCUGGAGGUGGUGCUUCAGCCAGUUAUGCCAGAGCUUCAAGCUUGGGGGCGAAGUCUUCUUCCAUGGUCGGCACAAUCACGUCUGGAGCUGGUGUUCUUGGCUGCCGCAGGGGAAGGCCAUGCUAGCGACAAAAUCACCUCAAUGGAUUACUACACUCUAUUAUUAAAAAAAAAAACAUUCGUCCUUCUCCCAUUCUAGUUCUAUAUAAAUUCUUGUCUCCCUCAGCCUGUCUGCAAUUUCUUUCACUUCUGGCAAGUGUACAUUUUUUGCACUUGUCAAUAUCAUUUGUCCACAAGUCCAUCUGUUGUGCAACCUCAGCCUGCUUAUCUGAAGAAAAAGAAAACAGUCCUCCUCCGAGGGGUAGGCCUCGAAGCGUUGUUCAUCUCUCUACCUCCUUCCUUAUACAUCUAAAAUUUCAUAAAACAUUCUCCGUCUAAUCGUCCCCUAUGCUCUGCUUAUCUGAUUAUAAUUUCCUAUACAUGUUAGUCAUAUAUUGGGUUCUGCAUUUGGGUUUAUAGAAGAACAACUACAUUGUAAUUUUUUUUUUGUUACCAAGUCAUACUUGUAAGUACAAGUUAUAGUGUGAAUGCCAAAAGUCUACAGUCUGCAAAGAAAAAAUUGUAAACUUUCUCCAUCUCCGCCCAUUGCCCUCUCCCUCUGUAUCUGGUGUUUACAAAUGAAAAUAAUCACCUUUUAACUGAA